CCGAUGAGCUAAGUUUUGGAGCACCAUCGCCGCUCUAUCUCCUCCACUCUGCUCCGCCACUCCGCACCAUUUUCUCUCUCUCUCUCUCAAUAUUCAUAUAUACAAUUAUACACACUAAUGGGCUCAACUUCUACACUUUCGCUCUGCUCUCACCCAAAGAUAUAUUUUAGAAUCGACGAUACACGGAAGCAGGGACUACAGAGCGAAGCGUUAAUCAGUUCGGGGCGCUAUUGUGCGUCGCGUGCGCUAGUUCAGUUUCCCGCACUUUGCAUUAGUUUUAGUAGGAGUAGAAAAUGCCUGCACAGGAGGAGAUUAAUGGUGAGAGCGGCUUCUUCAACUGGCGGUUCGUCGAGUUCUCGGAGAGUUUACCGGGAGUCCCAAGCCGAAGCCCCAGCCGUACCGAUGAACGAGAUUGCAUCUUUUGUUCUUCCGGCGGGUGCUUUGGUCGUCGUUUCUUUCGUUUUAUGGAAGCUAGUGGGGAAGUUUUUUGCACCAAAACCAGCUAGCCCUUCGUCAGAGGAAAAUAAAGCCACCGAAGGCUUGAAGUGGUCAUUUGCCCCUGGUACAAACUUAUUAUCUGGUUUUGGUCAAAAGGUCGCAAGGGAAUCCAAGCAAAAGCUCAAUGAGUUUGCAAAGGAACUUAGAUUGUUCAGCAGUGUUGACAUGUCAGGGCGCAACUUUGGAGAUGAAGGGCUAUUUUUCCUUGCUGAGAGUUUAGCAUACAAUCAGACUGCUGAGGAAGUGAGUUUCGCUGCUAAUGGAAUAACUGCAGAUGGAUUGAAAGCUUUUGAUGGUAUCCUGCAAUCAAAUGUUGCCCUAAAAACUCUUGACUUAUCAGGAAAUGCUUUCGGAGAUGAAGGUGCUAAGUGUCUAUCUGAAAUUCUGGUGGAUAAUGCUGGUAUUCAAAAGCUCCAACUAAACAGUACUGGCAUAGGAGAUGAGGGAGCCAAGGCAAUUGCUGAGAUGCUCAAGAAAAAUUCAAACUUGCGUGUCCUUGAACUAAACAACAAUUUAAUUGACUAUUCUGGAUUUUCAGGUCUUGCUGAAGCCCUACUUGAGAAUAAAAGUUUACAAUCCUUAUACCUCAGUGGCAAUUAUGGAGGUGCAUUAGGGGCUGCUGCCCUGGCCAAAGGGCUGGAAGGGAACAAAUCUGUACUGGAAAUUUAUUUGCACGGGAACUCUAUAGGUGAUGAAGGCGUGCGUGCCCUAAUGUCUGGCUUAUUUUCACGCAGAGGGAAACUUGUGAGGCUGGACAUUAGUAACAAUUCCAUCAGUGCUGAGGGUGUCUUUCAUGUUGCUGAACAUGUCAAGAAGAGCAAAAGCUUGCAGUGGUUGAACCUUUAUAUGAAUGAUAUUAAGGAUGAGGGAGUUGAAAAAUUAGCAGAAGCUUUGAGGGAGAAUCGUUCAAUAGUUAACCUAGAUCUUGGAGGCAAUGAUAUACAUGCCCAUGGUAUUAGUGUUAUUGCACGAGUUCUGAAGGAUAAUUCUGUCAUCACAGUUUUGGAACUUGGUUAUAAUCCUAUUGGACCUGACGGUGCAAAGGCAUUAGCUGAAGUUCUUAAAUUUCAUGGGAAUAUAAAGGACCUCAUGCUUGGUUGGUGUCAGAUAGGGGCCAAAGGUGCAGAAUAUAUUGCAGAUAUGUUGAAAUAUAAUGGUACCUUAUCAAGUCUAGACCUGCGGGCUAAUGGACUUAGAGAUGAGGGUGCUAUCUGUCUGGCUAACAGUUUAAAGGUGGUGAAUGAAGCAUUGGUGUCACUGAAUUUGGGGUUCAAUGAAAUUAGAGAUGAAGGAGCAUUUGCAAUUUCUCAAGCACUCAAGGCCAAUGAAGAUGUGAGGCUGACUUCUAUUAAUCUUUCCAACAACUUCUUUACCAAAUUGGGACAGACUGCCCUCUCAGAUGCGAAAGACCAUGUAUACGAGAUGACUGAGAGGGAGCUCAAUGUUCUUUUCUAGACGAGCAAAUACAGUUUUCCAUUUUUCCCCAAUUGCAAGCUGAACUGCGCCCAUUCAUUCGUUGGAUGCUGAUAUCUUUCAGAGUGUUUGUUAUAAGCAAGUAUCUUGUGCUACUUGUUAGUCUCAGAUUUGAGCGAGGGAAUAUAGGAAAUUUUGGUAUUGAGAGAGAGGGAGGGUGAAGUGGUGAGGGGGUGUAUAGUCAUUUUUGAAGAUGUCUCAAAUUUGAUGUUGUCAUAUUUUCAUCAAAUGUGUAGAUUGUAUCCUACUAUCCUCUCAGCUUAUGAUACUAUCGGUAUCUUACUCUGAUCA